GUGUAGUAACCCAGACCAGUACAGUUCUCAGCUAGACAUGGCGGCGGAUCCUAACCCGGACUGGCUCUCCUGCCUCCCCUCUACUUGGAGUUAUGGGGUGACUCGGGACGGACGCAUAUUCUUCAUCAACGAAGAAGCAAAGAGUACAACCUGGUUGCAUCCUGUUACUGGAGAGGCUGUUAUAACGGGGCACAGAAAAACUCCAGAUUUACCAACAGGAUGGGAGGAAGGAUACACAUUUGAAGGAGCUCGCUGCUUCAUCAACCACAAUGAGCGAAAGGUGACCUGCAAGCACCCGGUGUCAGGCGUCCCCUCCCAAGACAACUGCAUCUUUGUCGUUAAUGAGCAUGGGAAUUGUGGAACGCUUGUCCACCCUGACAAGCCGCUAGAGGCUCUUAUCAGGUCGGCUCCCAAGGCUUCGUCAGAGCAGGGCAGCAGUUGUGACAAGAAGGAGCGUCCCAUGAGCACCAUGAGCGAGGCGUCCAACUACACCGGAGGCUCAGACUACAGCACGUUCCCCGGCAGCCCCACCACCACCGUCACCACCACCACCACCACCUCAUCGUCACGGCCCUCAAGGUCUUCCAAAAAAGUUCACAAUUUUGGGAAGCGGUCCAACUCCAUCAAGAGGAACCCCAAUGCCCCGGUGGUCAAGAGCAACUGGCUUUACAAACAGGACAGCACAGGCAUGAAGCUAUGGAAGAAACGGUGGUUUGUUCUGUCUGAUAUGUGCCUCUUCUAUUACCGCGAUGACAAAGAGGAGGGAAUCCUGGGAAGCAUCCUGCUGCCUAGCUUUCACAUCUCCAUGUUGUCGGUGGAUGACCACAUCAGCAGGAAAUAUGCCUUCAAGGCCACUCACCCCAACAUGCGGACCUAUUAUUUCUGCACUGACACAGCCAAAGACAUGGAGUCCUGGAUGAAGGUCAUGACAGAUGCCGCCCUCGUCCACACUGAGCCAAUCCGAAGAUUGGACAAGUUGAAAGUGGACCAGCGGACGCCUCAGGAGCUGAACAACUUGCUGAACCACAGAGUCCUGACCCGGCCUGAGAUCCAAAACAACGAACGUAACCGCGAGCCCGUCCGGCAGCACUCCCUGUCACGCGCUGAUGACAAACGGCAAAAGGAUCCCGAGAAACACAACGGCCAGAGGGAGAGGGAAUACUACACCCUACAGAGAGACGGGGAGAGGUACUCUUUGAAAAAGGACGGUGUGAGCUACAUGCUCCAGAAGGACGGCGAGAGGUACCUCCUGCACAAGGACGGAGAGAAAUACAUGCUGCGAAAGGAUGGUGAGAAAUAUUCACUGCAGAAAGACGGAGAGGUCUACGCCAUUCACAGGGAUCUAGAGAAGUACGCAGUCCAGAAAGUGGAUGAAAAGUACACUGUACCGCCGACAGAUGAGAAAUACGCCCCAACGAAAGACGGAGAGAAGUACUUGCUCACAAAGGACGGGGAAAAGUUUGCACUGCAGAAAGUUGGAGACCGGCACACACUCCAGAAAGACGGACAGAAAUAUGUUCUUCAAAAGGAAGUGAAGAGACAGCUGUCGUUGAAAGACACAGAGAGGUACGGCACACUGAGAGAGGCGGAGAGUAAGUACGGCACCAUACAAGUUGUGGACAAAUACGGCACGGUUAAGGAAGUGAAGAAAUACAGCACGCUCCGGGAAGGGGAUAAGUACGCUACCCUCAGAGAGGGAGAUAAAUAUGCUACGGUUCGUGACGGGGAUAAAUAUGGCUUCCAGAGGGACCCAAGUGCAGAGAGGUCGCUCACUAAAAUCAGCAGCAUCAAACUGCAGCCGGCUCAGGCCGCUGCCAUUGCUGCCGCAGUGUCGGCCUCUCGCCAGGGCCAGGCCCAGGCCGGCCUCAGCCUGCACAAGCCUCCGCAGGUGAACGGCUCCGGGGUUGGGGCAGCAGCAGGGGCAGGGACAGGGACAGGGACAGGGGCAGGGACAGGGGAGCAGCCUGGGGAUGUCAGCAGCCCCGGGGAGGUGGAUGGCGGCCUGGCCAGGGGGUCAGGAAAGACCCAGGCUCCAGCUCAGGAGGCGGAGAGAGGCCUGUCCAGGACCAACUCCAUGCAGCAGCUGGAGCACUGGGUCCGCACACACAGGACGAGAGGACUGGACGACGACAACAGGAGCAUUACCUCCUACCAGACGUUACCCAGGAACAUGCCCAGCCACCGCGCCCAGAUCGUCCCCCGCUACCCGGAGGGCUACCGCACGCUGCCCCGCAACAGCAUGAUGAGGCCCGACAGCAUCUGCAGCGUGGCCGGCUCCGUGUACGACCGGGCCCUCCGUCCCGCCUCCACCACCACCGUGACGACGGCGGAGAAGAGGAGGUCGAUGAGGGACGACACCAUGUGGCAGCUGUACGAGUGGCAGCAGAGGCAGGCCUUCUCCAGGCAGAGUCUGGCUCCGCCGAUGGCGGCAGGACACUACGGCACGCUGCCCACCACCAAGACCAUGGGCAACAUCUCGGAGCACGCCGUGGCCCACUCCAUCCCCACGUCCCCGUCUCACGGCUCGCUGGCACUUUACAGCACCUUCUCCCCUCCCCGGCAGCAGACCACCCACAACCCCAACUCCCACUCCGAGGUUUCCUCGCCCGUCUUCAGGGGCGACGUGACGCUGGACCGCCGACACAGGACACACCUCACAAAGUACGGCUACCCACCUGACCGCAGGUCCAUCGCGGCUGGCGUGCCUCCUCAGACCAUCACCCCGCAGUCGCUGCAAGGCAAGACGCCGGAGGAGCUGACCCUGCUGCUGAUCAAACUCCGUCGGCAGCAGGCGGAGCUCAACAGCCUGCGGGAGCACACAGUAGCUCAGCUAAUGACCCUGGGCAUGGAGGGGCCCAACGCCAAGACCGAAGUUCUUUCCCAUCACCUCCAGAGGAACCUUAUUUACCUGGACAGCCAGACGAAGGAGAAUGAGCCUCUAAUCUUCAUGAUUCACACUAUGAUCGAGAACUCGGCGCCAAGGCCGCAACUCUACCAGCAAAUCAGCCCGGACGACUACAGAGACGGCUCCUUCGCCCCGCGCACAGAGGAAGUCGACAUUGACACCAAGCUGAGCAGGCUGUGUGAGCAGGACAAGGCGGUGAGGAUGCAGGAAGACAAACUACAGCAGCUACACAGAGAGAAGCACACUCUGGAGACGGCCUUGCUGUCUGCCAGCCAGGAGCUGAGCGAACAGGGCAGCUCCAACCCUGCAGCGGUGCAGAGCCUCAUCCAGCAGAGAGACGUGCUGCAGAACGGCCUGCUCAGUACCUGCCGAGAGCUGUCUAGAGUCAACACUGAGUUGGAGCGCUCCUGGAGGGAAUAUGACAGGUUGGAAGCAGAUGUCACUUUGGCCAAAUCCAACCUACUGGAGCAGCUGGAGGCUCUGGGCAGCCCGCAGACGGAGCCUCCAAGCCAGCGGCACGUCCAGAUCCAGAAGGAGCUGUGGAGGAUCCAGGAUGUGAUGGAAGCUCUGGCCAAAAAUAAACCGCAGAGGAGCACAGACAGCAGUUUCCCCGGCUCCAAACCGCUCUCCAGCCUACAGAAGAACGAGGCAGUGACGUUGCUGCCACUCAGCCCCCCCAAGGAGGGCGACAGCGUGCCCCCCCGCCCGCCCCUCCCCCAGUACUAUGACUCGUCCGACCGGCCCCCUCCCGUGCUCUCGCACCCCAGCGGCCGCCUGCCGCCCCACGCGCACCGCCCCGAGGACCGCAAGUCGGGCUCCAGGAACGGAGCGCACAGCCAAGCCCCGGACUACCGGCUGUAUAAGAGCGAGCCGGAGCUGACCACUGUGAAGGAGGAGGUGGACGAGGCCAACGGGGAGGACAAGGACAAGACGGAGCCGGCUGCAGAGAAUAAAGAGAGCGCAGCCUCCAAAGCAGUGCCCUCGUACCCGGUGGGCAUUGUUCCUCCCAGGACCAAAUCUCCCAUGAGCCCCCCCGAGUCCUCCACCAUCGCCUCCUAUGUCACCCUGAGGAAGACCAAGAAGCCUGAGUCCAGAUCAGAUCGCCCGUGGAGCGCGGUGGACCAGAUGGGAGCCGGGGAGCGAGAGGUGGGCCGAGUGAGGAUGAGCGUGGAGGAGCAGCUGGAGAGGAUGAGGAGGAACCAGCAGGCCUCGCUCAGAGAGAAGAAGAGGGAAACUCCGUCUCGCUCGCCCUCAUUCAGCAAAGACAAUCCCUUUGUUGUAUUACAGAGCCGGGUGCAGUGUGAGGAGGCCUCUGCAGACCCUUUGGAGCUGGAAGCGGCGCUGCAGCAGCUGAAGGCUCAGACGGAGCAGAGCCGGACCGCCGCUGAGGCCGCCAGCUGUCAGAUAGACGGAGAGAGACAGCAAACUGCAGCAAAGGAGGCGGCGAGGGACAACAGGCCUGCAGAAGUGGGGCUGGAGCGGGACAGGAGCCUGUCGAGCGAGACGGAGGCCCAGACCGAGAUGAACAGCAUAGACAGUGAGUUGGGUGAAAGCCAGCGGGUGGUGAUUUUGGACCUGUGCACGGAGCCCCAACGUGUGGAGAUUGUCAACCUGGAGUCCUUUGAGGAGGAAGACGAAAGCAGAGACCAGGAUCUAACCAGCUCGCCUACAAACACCACCACUGAGAACAGCCUCCAUGCUCCCGAGCCUGAGACACCGAGCCCAGAGCCAAAGGAGGAGGAGACCGGCCUGAUGCAAACAAACAAGCAGGACACGCAACAGACAACCAGAGAGGAAAAGCUCGAGAAGAGCCUGGAUUCCUACAACCAGCUGACGGCAGAGGACAAGAAACACAACAACAACAACAACAACAUGUUAGCUGCGCAGACGUUCACCUUGGUGACCAGCGACACGUGAGCGACGCCGGCGUCCCAGAACCCGAGGCGGCGGCGCCCCACCCCCCCUCCGUUAUAGAGCCCAAAUGUAGCCAGCCUGCACCGAGCAUGCUCCAUGGCUUCCUGCGUUUACAAAACUACUCCAAACUACUGUUCCUGUGCCCGUGCGAGGGAGGCCGGCGGGGUGACGGCCGUGCAAACAGACUGACUGACACACGUGCAGAUCGGCAGCCAUCGCAUCCAGACGGAGAGAAAGACAGACAUACUGUAUCUUUAGCACCUAUUAGAUCUGUCCAUACCUGCGUCCCCCUAGCUGAGCACUAAUUGUGUUGCCAAUAUUUUCCACCCCACCACAAAAAAAACACACACAUCAAUAUAUAAAGAACUAAUGCUAACUUAUUCUGAGUAUUAAAAGUCAUUUUAUUAUGAUAAUUAGAAUAUUCUACUGAUCUGUAUGGGGAAAUAUUAGCUGUUUUUUGAGUUGCGAAGACUGCUGGAGGUGACUGUACAGCUGUAUAUAGGAGCACUUGACAAGUCUCACCGCAGAUGGGCUAAGCACCAAAUCUCUACACACAUGCAGUGCUUUACUUUGAACCCCAAAGUGACCGCCAACGCUCUUCGAUUUCACCUGUACUGAUUCUUUUUUAUUAUUAUUAUUAUAAUUCUUUUAAGUGUUUAUUUGAAACUUGACCAGAGGUUUCCCUUACCCGUAUAUUUUCACGUCUUUUGCACCGCAACAUCACAGAUUGUUCAUGUGUUGGAUAUACAUAUAUAAAUAUAUAAACAGUUAUAUAUGAACAUAAAAAAGCCGAUUUUUACUUCAACAAGGUGCCACUUCAUGCUGCUGUUUUUUGGACAGAGUUGAGUAUUUUACUGAAGUUGUCAUUAUUUAUAUUGUGAGGACGGUCUGAAUCUCCUGAAGCCUGGUUGAUGAUGCAUACAGUAUAUGAAUGUUUUGGAUUUUCAGUCUGCUUUUUAAGUUGUGUCUUUAAUUGUUUUGUUUUGUUUUUUUUUUCCCCUUUGGUUUACAUGACAUAGAAGAUACAAGGUAGAGAGAGGCUAUAAGGACAUGGAAAGUUCUGCAGAUUAGAAGUUUUUUGCGUUUAAAUCUGUCCUAGAUGGAGAAGAAUCAGAGAAUAGCACAUGUACAAAGCAAUAAGUAGGACUUUGGAACACCAGGAGUUAAAUUAAAAAAAAGAAGAAAGAGAGAAAUUAUGUAUAAAAUGUAAAAACAAAAAAAAGAAAAAGAUAGAGAGAUAUUGUGUAAUUUAUGUACACGAUUAACAGAGGCAGAGCGGAUAUUAUAACUAUAAGAGGUUAUUAUUAAUAUUAUUAUUAGAGUCAAUAUGCAAAAAGUUCAUAUCCCAUCUGUUUUAUAUCAUGUGAAAUAAAUGUUGAUGUUCUUAAAA